UCCCUCCCCCCCCGGCGCUAAGUUAGCUUCUUGCUAACCGCGCGAUGGACCGUGUCCCCGGUUAUUGCUCGCCGGUCACUGCCGAGGAGAACGGAGCAGAGACCCGCGACGGCCCCUCCGUGGAGGACGGGUUGGUGGACGCUUUCGGCGACCUGGCUGCCCUCCCGGUCGAGGUCGGGGAGAGAAGACCGACGUGUUUACGGUGCCGUCGCCCUCAGAAGGUGUGUCUCUGUCCUUUUCUUCCACCACAACCCCUCGAGGUGUCCACGUGUCUGUACGUAGUGCAGCAUCCUGCAGAGGAGAGCAGAGUACUUCGCACAGUUCCUCUACUUGCUGCUUGUUUGCCACAAGGAAAAUGCAACGUCAUAGUUGGAAGGAGAUUCAACGAGGAGAAGCACCCGGAGCUGGCUGCCGUAUGUCGGGACAGCAGAACGCUGAUCCUGUACCCGGGCCCCAAAUCCCAAAACCUGGAGGAGUUAGUGCAAUACCAGGAAGUGGGCAGUGUGAAACAUAAUGUGAUCAUCAUAGACGGCACCUGGAGCCAGGCCAAGAACAUGUUCCUCAAAAACAGCCUGUUCCACCUGCCGAAACAGGUCCAGCUCAACCGGACUCUGUCCAGUCAGUAUGUGAUCCGCACGCAACCCUCCAACAUCUGUCUGUCCACGCUGGAAUGUGCUGCUGUCGCCCUCUCCAUCCUGGAGCAGAAUGACGACAUCCAAGAGGUUCUGCUGAGGCCCCUGAAGGCCCUGUGCUCCUUCCAGCUGCAGCACGGCGCCCAGAUUCAUCACAGCAAAGAGCAUCUACUGAAGAACGGCAUGUACGACAAACCGAUGCCCAAGAACAAACGCAAGAUAAAGAGGAUGGAGAAACUCGUCACCGACCACAACAUCUGCCCGAGAUGAGGGAGCGACUGAGUGGAGAAACUGGGGCUCGACUCAUCUCUGCUGUCCGCGCUGCACAGGACUGAAUCGUCAGAGCAGCACGCCGCCACCACCGCCGCAUCAGGGCGCAGGAAGGAAGGGAAACCACUGGACUUACUAGGGAGUUGUUGUCUUUUUUUCUUCUGUUUUUAGAUUAUUGUAAUUUAUGUAUUUGUCAUUAAUUUAAAAUAAAUUAAGGACAUGUUUAAGUGUCAUGGUGUGACCAAUAAAUCAGGUUUUUAUUUUGUUUAUUGUUUUAAAAGCAGUUUACAUCGUUCCUCCUCCUGCACUUUAUAAACACUGUGGUGGUUCUGUUGUGAUUGACUUCAUGUGGUUAUUACAUCUGGAAAACUGUAAUACGAUAAGUUAUUUUAACUACAUUUUAAGUAACACAAUCUCAGUUUUGUAAGUUUAAAAAUAUUCUUUAUUAAGCAGCUUUUACUUUUAAUUUUAAGUGACACUAACUUAGUUUCAUAAGUUAAAGAAACAUUCCUGACUUUUUACUCUGUAUUUUGUUAUCACAGUACAAAUAAAAAUGUUAUGUCAGUGUCACGUAAAUUACCAAAGCUAAUUGAGCACGAAUGUUUUUUUAAUCUACAAAAUUAAGUAAAAUGUUUCGAUGUUAUUGGUUUCAACAAUUUUCUUUUGUUGUUGAAUGAACUUAUCUGGUUUUACAGUAAAGGGCUGAUUCCACUGAUGUUUUUUAAAUGAACGAAAAUCUUCAUUCAGACGUGUUAAAAAAUAAAAAAUUACUCUAAAA